AUGCGACGCCCGGACCGCAGUCAUUCUCUCCUCUCUCCCGCGAAUUACGACAACGAUGCAUCCUCGCUACGGUCGCCCUCCGAGCAAGAUUCCGAUUCCGAUGACGAUGCCCUCCUCCACCAGAACCGCAGCACCAUGGAGCUGGCGGAGCACGACCGGGCCGUGCUAGAGGACGAGGAGGAACUUGAGAAACUCUUGACCCGUCGAGGUGCUGGACAGGGCAUCAGGAGAAUAUUCAGCCCCCUUGAUCGCAGUGUGACGAUCGGAAAGAAGAAAAAAGAACGGCGACCGCGGAGAGGGUCCCGCCGCGAGCGGGUCAGCGAGGAUGGCGAGCUGAUGUAUGAGAUGGAGGAGGGCAUUGGAGAUGACAAUGCAUCUCUCUUGAGUGGCUCAACGUUGGAUACUGAUGAGAAGGAGGAUUACGCAGAUGAGCCGCCAUCGCGGCCUUCUUGGUGGAAAAUCUUAUUUAUCGCCGCUAUUGUGGUCGUUCUGUUCCUCAUCCUUGUGCUUGGUGCAUACAAAGCCUCCAACGGCUUCCGGGCUACGCGCGCACACUCUACAACUCUCCUUUCAAAUGGCACUGCCCUGUUUGCACCAACCACCAUUGUGAUAUCCCUCGAUGGAUUCCGUGCCGAUUUCCUGAACCGCGGUCUCACUCCGGCUCUGAACUCUCUCGUCGCGAAUGGUGUGUCGCCGCAAUACAUGAAUCCCAGUUUCCCGAGCGUGACCUUCCCAAAUCACUUCACCCUGAUGACGGGGCUUUAUCCCGAGAGCCAUGGGAUUGUGGGCAACACAUUUUGGGAUCCCGAGAUGGAGGAGGACUUCUACUACACACAUCCAGACGUCAGUAUGCAGCCCAAGUGGUGGAUGGCAGAACCACUUUGGGUAACGGCUGAAAAGCAGCGUGUGAGAACCGCCAUCCACAUGUGGCCUGGAUCAGAAGCGCAUAUUGGAGAUAAGGAGCCGAGCUAUGUGGACAAAUUCAAUAGCACGGAAGCUCUCUCUCGAAAGGUCAAUCGCAUCUUCGAGUUUUUGGAUCUACCCGGCCUUGAAAACGAGUCGGAAAUUGCACCCGAGCGACCGCAAUUUAUUGCGGCUUAUGUUCCAGACGUGGACCGGGAUGGGCAUAAGUUUGGCCCCAACAGCACGCAGAUACAAACAACGAUCUCCCACGCAGAUAGCAUGAUUGCUGGUGUCAUGGCUGGCCUGGAUCAACGCAAUCUGACUCAUGUGGUCAACAUCGUAGUUGUUUCAGACCAUGGAAUGGCCUCCACAUCCACCGAAAGGUUGAUCCAAUUGGACGAUUUGAUUGACUAUAAUCUUAUCGACCGUAUUGACGGAUGGCCAUCCAGUGGCGUGCGCCCCAAGCGACCAGAAGACCUGGAGACACUCCAAAAGCAGCUAGAGAAGGUGGCACCGGACUGGGAGCAUGCAUUCGAGUUUUACACACGAGAGACCAUGCCCGAACGGUAUCACUUCUCGAACAACGAGCGUAUUGCUCCGUUGUGGGUUAUCCCCAAGACAGGUUGGGCUAUCGUCGAUCGCUCAGAGUUCAACGUUAAGGAGGCUUUGAAGACCGGCGAUGUAUACCACCCUCUCGGUAUCCAUGGGUAUGACCAUGAGAAUCCGUUGAUGCGGGCGAUCUUUGUGGCGCGGGGUCCAGCAUUCCCACACAAGGCUAACAGUCGAGUCGAACCUUUCCAAAAUGUUGAGGUAUACAAUAUCCUCUGUGACUCCUUGGGCGUGGACCCUCUUCCAAGCAACGGAACCCUCCGUCUCCCAUUGAAGCCAGUUGGUCUGCAUUCCGAUGAGACUGCACCCGUCCUUGAGACGCCCUCUGAUCCGCCGGUUCAUACCACGACGACAGCAGGACCGCCAGUCCAAACAUCAGAGCCGUCGGCCACGCCCACCAAGGCAGCAAGCGAAUCACCCUCUGCAGACGAGGGCGAUGACAAGAAAGGUAGCUGGUGGGACACUAUUUGGGACAAAGUCGAUGAUUUCAAAGACUGGGCUGGCGGCGUUGCAGAUGCUAUCAAGGGCAACCACCCGCAUGCUGACAAUGAGUAG